AUGCCUCUUAAGGCUCACGAGAUCAAUAAGCGGAUCAAGAGGGCCAAGCGCGGGUGCGCGGAGUCCGCAUGGGCCCUGUACGAGCACUUCGAAGUCGAGUUCCCCAGAGAAGCGUUUGACGACCCGGAGCGAAAGUCGUAUCUAGAGCUCGCCGCCGACAACGGACACGUCCACGCGCAAUCGAUUGUGAGUGAGUUCCGCUUCCGUGAGGGUAUUCUGGGUGUGUCCGUUACGAAUGUUCCUCUGUCCGCGGAGCAAAGCGAAUCGAAGGUGAAGGAGGCGGUCGCUUGGUGUCUGAAGGUGGUAAACAACGAACGUGAGUUCGGGGAAGACGAGAAGGGUUUCAAGCUCUCAGCCUCUCACAGGCUGGGGAUAAUCUACUCCCAGGGCUUGGGAGGCGUGGAGCAAAACCUCGAGACUGCGUUUAAGUGGUUCAAGAAGGGGAUGUGUACGGACGGAGACUACUUGACUGUGGACGUACAGAACAACUGCCAGCUCGCCCGCAUGUAUUGGGACGGCGAGGGUUGCGAAAAAGACGUCGUCGCCGCGGAGCGUCACUGGGUCCAAGCCGUGGAAACGUUCGACUAUAUGAAAGAUGAUUUAGGUAAGGUCGGCAGCUUAACAGCGGUGCCCAUUACUGAAGCUCACGAAGACUCCAAGGAGAGGCUCGCGCAGCUCCGCGCGUCGAAGACGAUCCUCAUCAACGCCAUCAACCGCGAAUCCGACCUUCGAUACGCCGCCGACGAACUCGAGGCGUUCGUGAACGCGACGUGCGAAGAUCACACCGCGAGGGACACCCUGCAUCACGUCGCGCGGUGCGUCAUGCACGGCCGGUGCGGCCUGAAGAAGAACCUCAGGCUCGCGAAGGACCUCAUGAAAGCGUGCGUCCGGAACGACCCGUCGAACGAAGACGCGGAGAAAGAUCUGGAGUCGAUGCGUCGGUGCGUGACGUGCGGCACGCAUUCGCGGCGCACGUGCGAGCUGUGCAUGGGCCCGAACUACUGCUGCAAAGACUGCCAGCGGCACGACUGGAAGGUGGGCAGGGGCGGGGACGGGGACGGGGACGAUCGCCACGAGCUGACGUGCCCGAGGCACAUCACCGCGAUGCCCCCGAGCGCGUUCGCGGUGAACCGAACGGAGUCGAGGACGGGGGGCGGCGGGAACAUCGCGCGGCGGUUACCGGGCGCGCGGCUGUCCGACCUGUUCGAAGCGGAGUACAACGAGUGA